AUGGGAAAGACACUCGUGUACCCAAAGAAGUCGCCCAACACAGUCAAUCGUUACAAGCACAGAGCGACGUACGACCUUGGGGCAAUCCAUUCCAUCAUCAACUCCAGUCAAGUGCUCCAUGUGUCUUUCAACCCCGGUCCUGAUGAACCGUUCCCCGCAAUUCUACCCAUGAUUGGGCAGAUGGGUUCCUUCGACUACCCCUCCGCUAGAAUCGAUGAGCCCCUGGACUGCUAUCUCCACGGCUAUGUCAGCUCCCGCAUCAUGAACCUAGCGCGCAGCUCCGAGGGAGAUGGACUCCCCAUCUGCGUGGCGGCCAGUAAAGUGGAUGGAUUAAUUCUAUCCCUCACACCCAACUCACAUAGCUAUAAUUACCGUUCUGCGAUUCUCCACGGCUACGCCACGCUUGUCACCGACGAAGCGGAGAAACUUUGGGCAAUGGAGCUUAUCACGAACUCGGUGGUGCCAGACCGUUGGAGGAAUUCGCGAGUGCCGCCGGACAGGGCUGAAAUGUCCUCGACUGUCAUCCUCAAGGUUACAGUGGUCGACGGAAGUGGUAAAAUCCGUGACGGGGGUGUCGGUGACGAGAGGAAGGACAAAGAUAAUGCGGAGGUCACAGGGCGUAUCUGGACGGGCGUUGUUCCUGUCUGGGAGACCUUUGGAGAGCCGAUUCCAAGCCCUGAAAACGAGAUCAAGGAGGUGCCAGAGCACAUUACUUCUUACGUUGGCCGGAUGAACAAGGAAAAUGCAGACUAUGCUCGGAGUGCGGUUGGUAUUCCUCUCCCUGCCGAGGAACAACAUUAAUGACUCCAUGAAUGAGUAUGUUUAGUAUAGUUUGUUUUGGUUGGUUAUCCUUAUAAUGGUAUUUUCCUUUUUGAGUAGAAUUUAUUUCCUUGACUCGUUAUAUUAGCCUAAUUUAGGCAACAAGUCGAUGUCUCCAGCUAUACAGAGGUAAGUAAACGGUAGUUCCUGACCAUGGUCAGGACUUCUAUCCUGAAUCCCUCAUUUAAUGUGAGAGAAAGAGACCUUUCCUUUCAUAUAUAUAUGUAUAUAUAUAUAAGACCCUGAUCCGGGAAAUACCACCAGAGAAAGUGCGAUGGAUUUGUUCUUGUAUACAGUACAACUAUCUAUACUCGGCGGUUUUUGUUGCAC